AUGCCACCCUUUGACUUUCAUCGAUUCCUUGACCAAAUGAAAGACCCUAGUGCUGCUCCAAUUGCACGUUAUACUAAAGGCUUUAUAUCAGCCUUUUAUAGAAGAGAAACAUGGACAGUGAAUGAACAAAUAAAGUUUAUUCAAGACUUUUUAAAUUUUACUUUUACUCGAAUGAGAGAAUGCGACAUAUGGAAAGAUAUUUCAGAAAAAGAAUUCGAGAAUGCAAAAGAAGGCAUGGAGAAAUUAGUGAUGAAUAGAUUAUAUAAUGCCACGUUUGCACCAAGUACAAUGGAUGAUAAAGAAAAGGAUAAUAUUUUACAUCACAAGAUUAGUAUUUUUCAAUGGAUUAAGGAAAAGCAUCUUGAUAUACCUGAAACAGAAGAUAAUGAAUCUUUUCUGACGUUUGCCGAAGCAGAGCUAUUAAAAAUGAACAAUUAUAAGGCACCUAGAGAUAAGCUUAUCUGUAUAUUGAAUUGCUGCAAAGUCAUAUUUGGUUUAAUUAAACACAUGAGUAAAGAAGAAGGAGGAGCAGAUAUCUUCCUUCCCUUAUUAAUAUACGUCGUUAUCCGAUCAAACCCUCCUCGAUUAAUAUCCAACGUGCAAUAUAUAUCCAGAUUCAGACAUCCAGAUCAUCUUCAAGCAGAGGCUGGAUAUUAUUUAACAAAUCUCGUAAGCUUUGAUUCAUCUCAUCAGAUUACAUUCAUUCAAUGUCAUUUUUAG